CUUCGGCCGCCCACAAAAGGGACAUCAUGCCGAAGAGGAAGUCUCCAGAGGGUGCUGAAGGCAAGGAUGCUGCAAAGCUAACGAAGCAAGAGCCAACAAGGCGAUCUGCAAGAUUGUCAGCUAAACCAGCUCCGCCAAACCCUGAGCCUAAACCAAGGAAAACCACUAAGAAGGAACCUGGAACAAAGACUAACAAAGGUGCUAAGGGGAAGAAGGAUGAAAAGCAAGAAGCUGCAAAGGAAGGUACUACACCAUCUGAAAAUGGUGAAAAUAAAGCUGAAGAGAUUCGCAUCUCUCGCUCCACUGUUAGUGUUUCAACAUCCAGAGGUGCCCCACCCAGCACACUGUCAGUAAAAGGGCAGAUUGAAACAGUGAAAGUUAAGGGUACGGUAGAGCAUUCUGCAUGUGUGCAGUGAAUAGAAAGAGAUAGUAGUGUGGUGCUUUUCAUUGUGAACAAUGGAAGCUAGCAGGCACAGAGAACUGAACCUGUAGAAGACAAGUGUGCGUGAACUAACAUGAACAUUUGAGGAUGAUUUUAUGCACCUCCUGGACAACUUUUAAAAGAUAUUUUUAUCAAGUAUUUUGUAAAUGCUAAUUUUUUAGGACUUAUGAUAAGUUGACAAACUGUAUAUGAACAUUUUCCCUCCCAUACGUGUGCUUUUAGAAACUCCCAAUGUUACCAAGUUUUUUUUUUAAGUAUCAACUUAACAUUGGAAAAAAAGUGUUUAUAAGAUCGGACAACCAUUCCAUAUACUUGCUUUUCAGAAAUGUAUGUCUUGUGCAUAUGGUGAUGUUUUUACCGUGGGUGUUUGGAUUUUUCUUGCAGUUUUUCUAGAGCAAUAAUCUGUGGUGCUUUUGUACUUAAGGUUUAUGCGAUUUUAAUGAAACAUGUAUAGAUAUGGCCACCUGAUGACCAUGUUCAGUUAUUCGCUAUUGCUUUGAAACAAAAAAAUCAUUUUCU